AUGCCGGACACGAGAGCAGUAGCCACCGACGCCCUCCGCCACACCUGGAGCAACCUGGGCAACUUAUACCUCUGCCCCCCCUGGAACCUGAUCCCUCGACCUGCAGCAGGAAGGCCUAUCGGCAACGAUCAUCACUCCCUAUUGGCCAACGACGAUUUGGUUCCCGACGGUCUCCCAGAUGUCAAUUGCGGACCCGAUCCCAGUCCCACGCCACCUCGUUCUACCGGCUCCAGGAAGCGCAAGCGACAUUCUCUCCAAGAACCCUCACUGGACCAUGAUGGCUUGGCGGGUAAGCGGGUCAGGACAAUGGUAGUGGACGGUCUCUCGCCCACCUGCGCCCAAAGCCUCCUUGAGGCGUCUACGGCCCCCGCGACAACGCGUCGAUACGCGUGCAUUCAAUGCGAGUUCACCUCAUGGAUGCGAACAGAAAGUCGGGAUCCAGAAAAAUUUGAUAUCCCCUCCAUCGUCGAGUUUUUGUUUCAAGGCUGGACAAAAUCGGACUGGAAGCCACAGACAAUCAACACCAACAAGUGCGCCAUCCUCGCCAUGUAUCAGGAAGAGAACGACCUCUUCAACAGCCACCCAUACGCCAAACAUCUGGUCACUCUGGUCAAGCGCAAGGAUCUCAAAGCAAUCAAGAACACGCCUGUGGACAUUUCCCCUAUUCUUGCCCUUUUUCGUGCAUGGGGUUCGAACGACUCUCUCCCUAUCGACGACCUUGUUUGCAAGUUAGCCUGGCUCCUCGGCAUCUGCGGUUUCCUACGUCCAGAUGAUGUCCAAUGCAUCAAUGUCGCCAGGCCAACGAUCAACGCCGCCGGUAUCCUCUCCCUUCAGGUGGUCGCACCAAAGGAGAAAGUGGGCGGCUCCAGCACAGUGGUGAAGGUGCUCAUCUCUCCCGCCUCCGACCCUCUGAUCUGCCCAGUCCAAGCAUACUCAGCCUACCUUACACGUCUUCCUGCUGAUCUCACAACCUUGGCGCACCACAAGUCCACACGCACAACCCCAAGACCGGACACGGUCCCUCUUCUCCAUCACCAAGACGAUCCAUCCCUGGCAAUCGCCAGCUCCACGAUCGGAACAAAGAUGAACAGCAUUACCGAUCACAUGACUUUUCCGCCAGACACCACCCGGCCAAGUUGUCGCGCUAUCGGCAGCACGUUGGCAGCUUUCCACGACGUAUCCGUUGACGAGGUCAAGAAGCACGGUCGAUGGUCCCUUCUCUCCGCCACUUUCGAGAAGUUCUAUCGCCUGAACCGCAAUUCGGCAAUUAACUUCAGUUCCAUUGUUUUGGCAGGCUCUGGAUCCACAGCAUCGGUUUCUGGUCGUCACAACGGAAAAUGA